AUGAAUUCUCCGGGAGGAAAAGGGAAAAAGAAGAAGCCGGCGACCCCAACGGCAGAUACAGGUCCCGAGCCCCCAGCUCGCUCGGAGACGUCGCUGCAUAAGCGGAACGUGUACGUGUUCUCGUACCCCGUGCUCGCCGCUUUCUCUCUACUUCGUUUCAUCGCCUUCCAGCUCGGCUUGCUGUUCGCCUGGUGCUGCGAGCGGCUCUCCCGCAGGGUUAUGGCAGACAAGAAGAACGCCGCGGCCCUCACCGCUGCUCAGGACAGGCCGGGCAAUGAGCCCGAGGUGGUGCGGGGCUUUCACCAGCAGGCCUUCCACUACAUCUCCAUGGCGCUGCGCAUCGAUGAGCAGGAGAAAGAUCAAAAGGAUAAAGCUGUGGAAUGGUACAAGAAAGGAAUUCAGGAGUUGGAGAAGGGAAUUGCAGUACCAGUCACAGGGCAAGGUGAACAAUAUGACAGAGCACGACGUCUACAAACUAAAAUGACAACAAAUCUACUAAUGGCAAAGGAUCGGUUACAGUUAUUGGCAAAGCUGCAAGCAGAUAUACAAGGUCAGAACAAGCAAAUGGAAGUGUGUAAUGACCAUACUAACCUGCCUUUACGCAAUGGACUUCUGAAGCCAGAAAGGGGUGCAGUUCCAAAAAAGAAAGAUGCAGUCUCCGUUGCAAGUAAUUCUCUUCCACGUGCAAAAGCCACAUCCAAAGCUGUAUCUCCAGUAGUUUCCCAUUCACCUAGGAUACCCAACAGUUCCAGUUCCUCCUCCUCACAUAGACCAGGCUCUCAAACAGCUAGCAGGGGUGCAGGAGUAAAAAGUACUAGACCAAAUAAGCCAACAACACCUACUACUGGACUCAGGAAAAAAGAUAUGAAGAAUUUAAAAAACGUAGAUAGCAACCUUGCAAAUCUUAUUUUGAAUGAAAUUGUAGACAGUGGCCCAUCUGUCAAGUUUGCGGACGUAGCUGGACAAGAUUUAGCAAAACAAGCAUUGCAAGAAAUGGUGAUACUCCCUUCUAUUCGCCCAGAACUUUUCACUGGCCUCAGAGCUCCUGCUCGAGGGUUAUUGCUGUUUGGCCCUCCUGGAAAUGGAAAGACUAUGCUGGCAAAAGCAGUGGCCGCUGAAUCAAAUGCAACUUUUUUUAAUAUAAGUGCAGCAAGUCUCACUUCAAAAUAUGUAGGAGAAGGGGAAAAAUUAGUGCGGGCACUUUUUUCGGUGGCAAGGGAACUCCAGCCAUCUAUUAUUUUUAUUGAUGAGGUUGAUAGCCUUUUAUGUGAAAGAAGAGAAGGAGAACAUGAUGCUAGCAGGCGAUUGAAAACAGAAUUUUUGAUUGAGUUUGAUGGAGUACAGUCUGGAGGGGAUGAUCGAGUCCUCGUCAUGGGGGCUACUAAUAGACCUCAAGAGCUGGAUGAAGCAGUUCUCAGACGAUUCACAAAAAGGGUUUAUGUCUCAUUGCCAAAUGAAGAGACAAGGCUUCUGCUUUUAAAAAACCUUUUAAGCAAGCAAGGGAACCCACUGACACAAAAAGAACUGACUCAGCUGGCCAGGCAGACUGAAGGAUACUCUGGCAGUGAUAUAACUGCACUGGCUAAAGAUGCUGCACUUGGACCUAUAAGAGAACUGAAACCAGAGCAAGUGAAAAAUAUGUCAGCCAGUGAGAUGCGUAAUAUAAAAUAUUCAGACUUCCUGACCUCAUUAAAGAAAAUAAAGUGCAGUGUUAGUUCUUCUACCCUGGAAUCAUACAUUCGGUGGAAUAAAGAAUUUGGUGACACCACAGUUUGA